AUGGAGAGCCGGCGCCCGCCCUCCUACGGCCGCCGCUUCGGCCCCGCCGUGCCCGGGUACCGGGUGCCCCCCUCCAGCGCCCCGGGCCGGCCCCGGGCGCUCCGCAGCGCCCAGCUGAGCGCUCCUGCUCCCCGCAUGGGCUCCGGCAAGGUGGACUUCUCGCUGGCCGCGGCGCUCAACUCGGAGUUCAGGGAGACGCGCACCAACGAGAAGGUGGAGAUGAUGGAGCUCAACGACCGCUUCGCCAGCUACAUCGAGAAGGUGCGGCUGCUGGAGCAGCAGAACAAGGUGCUGGUGGUGGAGCUGGACCAGGCGCGGGGCCGGGAGCCCUCCCGCACGGCCGAUAUCUGCCAGGAGGAGCUGCGGGAGCUGCGGCGCCGCCUGGAGCACUUGGCCACCGCCAAGGCCCGGCUGGAGGUGGAGAGGGACAACCUGGCCGAGGACCUCGGCAGCCUCCAGCAGAAGCUGCAGGACGAGGUGACCCUGAGGCUGGAGGCCGAGAGCAACCUGGCUGCCUACAGGCAGGACGUGGACAACGCUGCCUUGGCUCGCCUGGACCUGGAGCGGCGCGUGGGGACCCUGCAGGACGAGAUCGCCUUCCUCCGCAAGGUCCACGAGGAGGAGCUGCGGGAGCUGCAGGAGCAGCUGGCCCGGCAGCGGGUGCAUGUCGAGGUGGACGCGAGCAAGCCGGACCUGACGGCCGCCCUGCACGACAUCCGCAGCCAGUACGAGGCCGUGGCCGCCAGCAACAUCCAGGAGACCGAGGAGUGGUACAAGUCCAAGUUUGCAGAUCUGAUGGACGCGGCCGCCCGGCACGCCGAGGCCUUGAGGGCGGCCAAGCAGGAGGCCAACGAGUACCGGCGCCAGCUCCAGGCCCUCACCUGCGACCUGGAGGCUCUGCGGGGCUCGAACGAGUCCCUGGAGAGGCAGCUGCGGGAGCUGGAGGAGCGCUAUGCCCUGGAGACGGCCGGCUACCAGGACACAGUGGUGCGGCUGGAGGAGGACAUCCGCAGCCUCAAGGAGGAGAUGGCCCAGCACCUGCAGGACUACCAGGACCUGCUCAACGUCAAGCUGGCCCUCGACAUCGAGAUCGCCACGUACCGCAAGCUGCUGGAGGGCGAGGAGAGCAGGAUCAACAUCCCUGUGCGGAGCUUCUCCAACCUGCAGAUCCGAGAGACCAGCCUGGACACCAAAUCUGUGUCAGAAGCCCACGUGAAGCGGAGCAUCGUGGUCAAAACUGUGGAGACCCGAGAUGGAGAGGUGCUGAAGGAGUCCAAGCAGGAGCACAAGGAGGUGCCGUAGCGUGGAGCAGCCGCAGCAGCCGCAGCUCCGUAGGUCCCGCCCGGGCCGGGCACGGGGCACGGGAGGGUCCGGUGGCGCUUCGGCGGGGGCAUCUCCCUCCCGUGCCCCGUGCCCAGCUCCGGUGGCACCCGGUUAGGGGCUGGCAGCCAGCAGAGCACCGGGCAGCACCCGGGAAGGUCCAGCGGACCCUGCCUGCCUCAUCCUGGGUCUCGAGGGAGAGUCUGUCUUGUUUCCAUCUCCCUGCACUGUAAGACAACACGGUGGUGCCAAGAGCAUCUCCCUGCAUCCACUCUCUGGUCUGGGAGACCUCCCUGGAUCUUCCCAGUGCACCCAGACCCUGAGCAUCCUCGGUGGGGGGAUGCAGGGUGCGAGGUACCUGCAGGAGAGGGACAUUUCCCUGACACCAAGAGCUGGGUGAGCUCAGCUGGGAGGCAGGGGCAGGAGGAAGGGAAGGACGGAGAAGCAGGAGUGGAGGAAGGUGAGGGUGGAAAAUCAGGGGCAGGAGGAUGGGGAGGGUGGAGAAGCAGGAUGCUCUUGGGGUGGUAUCAAGGGGUGGCAUCAGGAGGGGUUCCUGAUGGCUGCUGGGGUGUCCAGCAUGGGUUGUGGGGCUCCACAGUGGCCUCAAGUCUUCUCCUGGCAUGGAGCCAUGGGACUGUCCUGAUCCCACUGGGUGACUGCCACCAAGGUGUCACCAACACUGGCAGGGCAAAGCAGACCCGAGGGGCUCCUGGUGAGGGGUGACCCAGGGCCCUAUGGCAGGGGAAAAUGGAGAGGAGAGGGCUGCAGAGGAGGAGGAGGAGGGGGCACCUAUGAGGGUCUCACAGCACAAGGAGCCACCUGCAACCAAGGAGUGACGGGGGAGUCUCGUCACUUGGGGGUCACACUGGGAGCCAGGGGCUCGGGAAUGGGGCUGCCCCAGCCGCAGUCCGUGCCCCACCCAGAGCCCGAGUCACCCCCUCCGCGGGCAUUCAGGAUGGGAUUGGGAGAACUCCCUCAUCCCCGGGCUGCCUGGGGCCCUGUCCCGCACUUGUCCUCCCCCAGAGCAGCACACGCCCCCAGGGCCAGUGCCCAGCCCGGUGCUCACCCACAGCCCCGUCCCCCCUUUGCUGCACCACUGACCACGAGCAGGACCUGCCUGAUGCCACCUGGCAGAGGAACAGCGACCCAGCAGCGCUCCCCGUGCCCUGUCAGCCUUCGGGAGGAGCACACAGCUGCCCUUGGGUGCCAUCCCCUCUGUCCCCUCUGUCCCCUCUGUCCCCUCUGUCCCCUCGGUCCCCUCGGUCCCCUCUGUCCCCUUGGCCAGGCGCUGAGCAGCUUUGCUCUGACUGCAGAAACACAACACCAGCCCCAAAACGGCCAUUCCCAGGGCAGGAGGUGUUGUGGGAGAGCUGGAUGGGAAUGCAGGGGGAUGGUGCAGGGCUGGGGCACCACGAGCAGCCUCCCUUGCUACCGAAUUAAUGCACUAACGCCGCCGCAGCUCGGGAUGAGAAUAAAGCUAAUGAACACACUGAG